ACGUUCAAUAUUUUUGUCAAUACACAGUAUUGACGAUAUUGCUGCAAUACGUCAAUCCUCUCGUCAAUAUUUUAGCCCUUUACACGUUCAAUAAUUUUGUCAAUACACAGUUGCAUUUUCAUGAUCAUAAAUCAGAAUCAGUUUUCUUUUCAAACCGAUUGCGUCGUGUCCCAAAAAUGGAUUGUCGUAAAAAAGCUUGUGCAGCUAUAAUUAUAGCUCUUGGAUCAGAGCGACGUACAGCUCGUAGAUACUGGAUGAAGGAAUGGUUGAAAAAACGAGAAAAUUUUUCGCAUGUGGUUUUACUAAAGGAAAUAAGCUUAAAAGAGAAAGAAGAUUAUAGAAAUUACUUCCGCAUGAACGAAGAAACGUUCAUGAAGCUGCUAAGUUUAGUCAGCCCAUUCAUCACAAAACAGGACACAUUCAUGCGACGCAGUUUGCCUGCCAACGAGAAGCUUGCACUAACGCUGAGAUAUUUAGCGACUGGGAGAAGUUUUGAAGACUUAAAAUUCUCUGCAAUUAUGUCUCCAGCGUCGAUAAGUGCAGCAAUUAUAAACACGUGUGAAGCAUUGAUAUACGUCCUUCAAGAUUAUAUCAAGUUUCCCCAAACACCUCAGCAAUGGGAGACGAUUUCCAACGAUUUUGGAACAUUGCACAGAUUUUGGAACUGUGUAGGGGCCAUCGACGGAAAGCAUGUCGCCAUUCGCAAACCAGAUGAUUCCGGUUCUCAGUACUAUAAUUAUAAGGGAUUCUAUAGCAUUGUGCUGAUGGCAGUAGCAAACGCUAAAAAAGAAUUUUUGAUGAUCGACGUUGGCAUGAAUGGUAAGAUAUCUGAUGGCGGCGUUCUUUUCUAUACGAAAUUCGGCGAACUCCUACGUGAAAAAAGUUUGAACCUACCGAAUCCCGCACCGUUACCUCUAACUAAUGAGGAAUUUCCAUUUGUGUUUGUGGGUGACGAAGCUUUUGCUUUGGAUUCGAACUUGAUGAAACCAUACUCUCAAAAAUCGUUGGAUUGUUAUCGUCAAGUAUACAAUGAGAGACUCUCAACUGCUCGUGUAACAAUCGAAAACGUGUUUGGAAUAAUUACAUCCAGAUUCGGAAUAUUCCAAAAGCCAAUUAAUUUGAAUCCUGAAAAGGCUGCGAAAGUGACCAUGGCGGCGUGUUAUCUGCACAACUAUUUGGCAAAAGAAAAUACAAACUCGUAUCUCUGCAGCACCUCGAAUGAUGAAUCCACUUGCAAACCCAAUCUCAUGAGUAUUAGAGGUACAAUGAGCAGAAAUGGAACUGCGACUGCAAAGAAUAUUCGUGAUAGAUUCUGCAAUUAUUUCAACAGCAAUGGAAAAAUAUAAAUCGAUGUUUC